CCGACUUGUGGACAUGUUGAGGAGUAAAGGAACGCCGCACGUUCAAGCGUUUACCGUUAAGGCUGCCAUGAAGAACUCCGUGGUGGCAGGUCCCCCUCCGGCAGGGGCUUUUCAGGAGCGGCCCUCCAAGCCCACCGUGUUUCGGAAGUUCUAUGAGCGCGGGGAGUUCCCCAUGGCACUGGAGCACGACACCAAAGGCAACCGCAUCGCUUGGAAGGUGGAGAUUGGGAAACUGGACUAUCACCACUUCCUGCCUCUGCUCUUCGACGGUUUAUGCGAGACGGCACACCCGUAUGAGUUCUUCGCCCGCCAGGGCAUCCAUGACCUGCUGGAGCACGGCGGACCCAAGAUUCAGCCCGUCAUCCCGCAGCUAAUCAUUCCCAUCAAGAAUGCCCUAAACACGAGGAACCGUCAGGUGAUCUGCACCACCCUGAAAGUAUUGCAGCAUCUUGUGAUGUCCGGCGACACGGUGGGAGAAACCCUGGUGCCCUACUACCGACAGAUCCUGCCCAUCCUCAACAUCUUCAAGAACAUGAACAUCAACUCUGGAGACGGCAUCGACUACAGCCAGCAGAAGAGAGAGAACGUUGGCGACCUCAUUCAGGAGACUCUGGAGGUGUUGGAGCGUUACGGUGGCGAGGACGCAUUCAUCAACAUCAAGUACAUGGUGCCCACCUAUGAGUCCUGCAUGAUUAACUGA